UAUAAAUUCAAAUAAAAUAAUACAACAUUGCAUCCUUUGUUAAUAAAUUUUAACUAAUUUUUUUCAAUAAAUGGAGAAAGCAAAUCAGCAUUUAAAACGCAACUUUAGUGAGUAUCUCGAAAGUUAUAUGUAUCUGAUGAACAAGAUGCUGAUAAAAAUUGAAAAUACUCUACUGCGCAGCCAUCGUCAACGUGAAACUACUGGUAUCAAGAAACUUUAUAACUCUUUUUUCGUGCUUUUCUAACUUAACCGAAGGACCAACACUUUUACUUAUAUUUAAAAUCUAAUUAAAAACUAUUUAAAACAAAUUUUAUAUGAAUUUAAGUUAGAUAUAUAUACA